CCGGAACACCGCAACUAUUAACAGCAACUCCCACCAACAGUCCAGUGAGCGAAACUACCGCCUGCCCCCUCACUCUGGGUGCAGUUCAGCUUCUGUCUAUCCCGUGUUCUUCGUGUUUCACUGUUUCUACCUCCAGGAAUUAAACUGUCGGUGUAGCAAUAUGGCAGAAUCAAGUGUUUCUUUGUCUCAGGACCAGUUCAGCUGUUCAAUCUGUCUGGAACUUCUGAAGGAUCCAGCGACCAUUCCCUGUGGACACAGUUACUGUAUGCGCUGUAUUACAGGCUACUGGGAUCAGGAUGAUCAGAAUGAACUCUGCAGCUGUCCUCAGUGCAGACAGAACUUCAAUCCGAGACCUGUUUUAGGUAAAAACACCAUGCUGGCAGAAGUGGUGGAGAAACUGAAAAUGAAAAAACUCCAAGCUGCUCGUCCUGCGCAAUGUAAUGGUGAAUCUGAAGAUGUGGAGUGUGAUGUCUGUACUGGGAGAAAACGCAAAGCUGUCAAUUCUUGUCUGGUGUGUCUGAACUCUUACUGUCAAAAUCACCUUGAACAGCAUGAGAAUCUCUUCAAACGUAAGAGACACAGUUUGAUGAAUGCAACUAGAGGACUGCAGGAAAUGAUCUGCCCUCAGCAUGAUAAACUGCUGGAGGUUUACUGUCAUACUGAUCAACAAUGUAUUUGUUAUCUGUGCAUGAUGGAUGAACAUAAAAACCAUGAGACUGUAUCAGCUGCAACAGAGAUGGCUGAGAAAAAGACACAGUUGGCGGAGACACAGAUAACAAACCAGCAGAGAAUCCAGCAGGUAGAGGAGGAGCUUCUGGAGAUGAAAGAGGCUGUGAAGUUUUACAUGCGCUCUGCACAGGAAGCGGUGAAGGAGAGUGAGAGGAUCUUUACUGCGCUGAUCCGCUCCAUUGAGAGAAGCCGCUCUGAGGUGACACAGCUGAUCAGAGAUCAGGAAAAGGCUGCAGUGGGUCGAGCUGAAGAACUCUUGGAGCAACUGGAGCAGGAGAUUGCUGAUCUGAGGAGGAGAGACGCUGAACUGGAGGAGCUUUCACACACAGAGGAUCACGUCCAUUUCCUCCAGGGCUUCCAGUCUCUCUCUAACCCUCCUGAACCUACAGACUUAUACAGCAUUGCUGUCAAUUCUCUACUCACUUUCGAAUAUGUAGGAAAAGCUGUCUCAAAUUUGAAAGAGAAUGUAGAGCAUUUGUGCAGAGAGAAGAUAAAAAAGUUAUCUGUCAGAGUGUCACAAAUAGAAGUCAUUCCCACCCCUGACUACAAGACCAGAGAGGAGUUCCUACAGUAUUUCUGCCGUUUCACAGUGGAUUCAAACACUGUAAAUGACAACCUGUGUCUGUCAGAGGAGAACAGAGUGGUUACUUACACUGAUACCUUCCAGUCAUAUCCUGAUCAUCCAGACAGAUUUGAUUUUUAUUGCCAGGUUCUGUGCAGAGAGAGUGUGUGUGGACGUUGUUACUGGGAGGUUGAGUGGAGUGAGAGUGAUGGGAUGGAAAUAUCAGUCUCAUAUAAGAGCAUCAACCGAAAAGGUGAUGGUGAUGAGUGUGGAUUUGGAUAUAAUAAUCAAUCCUGGAGUUUGUCCUGGCAUGGUUCUUGUUACUUAUUUUGGCACAAUCGCAUGGAGACUAUAAUCUCUGUAGACUCUACCUCCUGUAGAAUAGGAGUGUAUGUGGAUUUCAGUGCAGGAACUCUGUCCUUCUACAGUGUCUCUGACACAAUGACCCUCAUCCACAGAGUCUACACAACAUUCACUCAACCUCUCUGUCCUGGGUUUGGAAUAGUUGAAGACUCAACAGUAAAAAUGUGUGAUCUAACAAUAUAGAAGAAACUGAGAUUGUGUAAAUCAGUUUGUGUCACAGGGUUGGUCCCCAUGAUAAUUUGCAUUGAGAUGUUAAGAGUAACUUGGUUUCUAAUCAAUAAAUCUACACUGCAGCUGAAAUUCUGUUAUUGAAAUAACACUUGAAAAAUAUCAUAAGAAUACAAAUAUUCUAUGAUUAAUCUGUUCAUGAUUUUAGCGUAAGAGUAAACGUGAAUGUAAUUUUAUUAUUUAUUCAAAACAACUUUCUGAAUACGCCCCUCUUCUGUCUGUCAAACGAAUGGCUUACUUACAGUUGUCUCUGUAUAUUAAGCUUGGACAGAUUUAAUAGACAGUAUAUUUUCAUCCUGUUUAUGUCUGAUAUUUUUGUUUUGUCUAGUUGAAGUGUUUAACUGAAUAUCAGCACGGCUGUGAUUUCCUGCCUCAUGCUUACUGUAUGGCCUGAAUUUAUUUUGAUCUGAAUUUUGAUUGUUGCUGUUAGUUUAUUUGAUAUGUUUUAGCAUUAAUACCA